AUGUCACCUCUCACGCUGCUCGCAGUCAUCGGUGCCUCGUUCCUCGCUCUCACCACCGCCCAGGAGACAGAAACAGGGCCAACGUAUACCGUAACCCUGGGUAAAGAUGGCGAAUGCCUCGCCGCGGUCAACGCUGCUCGCCAGGCAGUUGGGUUCAGCCAGCUGAUACAAGCAGGAACAGCUGAUACUGAAAAACGCCUGCCAGCAGAGGUCACUUCUAAAAAGGAAUCAGAUGAUGAUUGGGCCUGGAAGCCGGUGUGCAAGUCGUUGAUUCCAACCACGGAGAAAUCAGGAGGUACUGCAGGCUCUGCAGAGCAAGCUGAGUUCCAGAGCGGCACGUACGCGUACCACGUUGUUGAUAACCCAGAAGCCGUCGACUGCACAGCAAUCGUAAACAAGUGGAAAGAUUGCCGUGUCGUUACUUGCACUAAGACAACUCCUGCAGCUACAAGUUUCAGAGCAACAAGAGACACCGAAAAUAAAGAGGAAACGGGCUACGCUUUGAUCUGCAUGACUGUGCCUGAUGUGCUUCGCAAGGAAGCAGAUAAAGCCCCCUUCACGGAGGAGCAAUGGGGACAGAUCGUGACAGCCAUCGAAGGCUCUGCCUCCGCCGUCAUGCCCGGCGUUGUCAGUCUUGUAUUGGUGAUCCUUGGCCUCAGCAUGUUGUGA